AUGACCAAGGAUCACCGAUGGUUCCACCGCCGUGCAGCCAGGGCCUCUCCCCGCGUUGUGACGGUCAAUGUCGAAGUGGUUGCGACUGUGGAUACCAAUGGACACACACUCGCACAAGAGACGAAACCACCACAUACACUCAGCCCCAGUCAACCUGCCAAUCAAGAUCCUGCCAAAGCAGUUGCCUCUGCUGCACCCGUGAUACCAGCCUCCGCACCGCCAGUAGACCCACCACCUCCCGUACCUUCACUACCCCCACAACUGCCUCCUUCGGCACUGCCAGUGCCCAAGCCUUCCCUUGAACCAGCCGUUCCAACCGUGGCCGCCCCGGCUUUGCCCUCUGUCCCGGCUGUCCCGCCAUUCCCUAGCAACUUGGUGGUUCCCAGCGUGGUUGCCUAUCCAUGGCCUUCAGGUAUUCCUGUUGCGCAAUCAGUAGGCAGCUCGAGUUCGGCCGCUGUCGUAUCAUCACCAAAUAGUGCCCCGCAGAGUAGCGGGGGGUCCUCUACCCCGAUUCCUGCCAUCAGCAGCCUGUCUUCCAACUCGACGUCAUCCUUGUCGAUUCCGUCCUCUGCCUUCUCCAUUUCUCCAUACCUUUCUUUGGACAGCCCAUCUGCAGCAUCCCGACCAUCUAGUACUCUAAUCCCGCUUUCGUCUAACAGUCCAUCCGCGUCGAGAUCGUCCAGCAAUGCCCCUUUUGAAAGCUCGGAGACCGUAUCGGAUACGGCAACAUCGACAUCCGCUGUAGGCGUUGGGGUCGGCGGUUUGGACACGCCUGCAGGUCCGACGGCUCCUUCUACUACGGCCACCACCACAGCUUCUACAGACACUGAAUCUGCCUCUGCACCCCUGGAGACGCCACAAGUGGUGGGUAGCGUGGUGGGCAGCCUCGCUGGCGCCGCUUUCAUCCUUGCUAUCAUACUGCUUCUCCUCCGGCGUCACAAACGCAAGAGGCAAGGUGCCUUGCAGCUCACUGGUGACGAUCAUCCUGCCGUGCAUGAACAGUCCAUGACGCAGGCGCCUACACGGAACAGCGCUGCACCCAUUGCUUUCCUGAAACGUUUUUCCGGCAUCUCGAGAUCUACCGCAGAGACAAGCUUGAGCGGCGGUGAACGGAGUUUCCAACGAGUAUCGGGUCGCAAGCUUCCAUCUGCGUUUAGUGAGGGCAUGACUUCAGAACAAUUCUCGAGGGGGGGAACAAUUUCUGGCUCCUCCUUCUAUCAGGACGAUCAUGGCAUCUACGGGGGUCCUGGUGGCAUAGCCAAGGAACUUGGGAAAGAAAUUGGAGACGCCCAUACGACUCGAGAAUCGGGCAAAAUGAACAUAAGACCCAGUCCAGCCAGGACGCCCGUUAUACGGCACCCUGAUGAGGACCCAUUCGCCGAUAAAACCUAUCUCAGUCCGCCACAGUCUCCCAAUCUGGGCUCUCCUGAUAGAGGCACUUUGGGCAGGAGUUUGCACUCUGCAGAUGGUUCGAGAAGCUCUCGAUUCACAGAGAAUGUUUAA